AUGGGACAUUUCCAUUCCUCGAAGCCCCCCAGCGCAUCUACACGCGACCAAGUUCUGGCUCCGCCCACCGAAGAAUUCCCAGCCUCGUCGAUUGGCGACCUGCAAGUCAGUGAACGCAUGCAAGAUGUUGCACACUUCUUCCAGGGAAUGAGCCAUACAGAGAUGCUCGAAUUUUGCUUGGGAUUUGAGAAGCCAAAUACUCCGGUACUUGCUGAACACGUUGUGCUCAUUGCAGUGCAGUGUGGUGAGUUGAGUAGAGAGCGCCCUGCACUGCUGGAUAUUGGAAUACACACUGUCAAACGCCGAGACAUGCAGGAGAAAUGUGCAUGCCCUGGACCGCACAGCCUGAACAUCGUUCGCAACGCAUCGUACCAUCACAUGUGUAUACAGGAUAAUGCGCGUUAUGUGAACCUCCUGGAAGUUGCUCUGGAUUCCCAGAAAACCUGUUUUGGGCGUACGCGGUUUAUAGACGGAAAAGAAGCCAAAGUUGUGCUAGAAAGCUUCCUCCGACAACCCGUCGAACCGUUGCCAACAGGAGAAGAGUAUUGUGCUGUUUCAAACAAGUAUCUAGUCCCGGGUGCCUGUCCCAUUGUCAUUCUACAGGACGGCACAUGGCAGCGCCACGCACUACUCAAUACUCUCGGUCUUGAACAAAUCAUCGGAGAGAAUACUGUAUCAAUGAUAAGCACGCUGCAAAUUGCUCGCGAGAUGGGCUUUGGCUGGCGCGACAAGGCUUUGACACUGGGGCAGCUCGCCACCGAUCUCAAGAUCGACUUCCCUGAACACCGGAGCGCUGCCGACUUUGCUGCGUAUACCCUCAUCACUUCUAUACAGAUGGUUAUGCGCCCAAAGAUACCACUUGCAAAGCAGCCGAUUCAGUCUGUCAUUAACGUUGCAAUGCUGCACAGCCAAUGCAAUCAACCGUUAUGGGGCAACGAGCACUAUUGUUCAAGGUGCGGACAAGACGAUCACAGCCGCAAAGGUUGCUGUGUGAUGCAGAUUAUAAGGAUGUGUUCCAAGUGUGCUAAAGCAGAGAGGCACCCGGCUGCGUGGUCUCAUGUGGCGCAAAUGUGCCCCUGGUAA